GAAGUUUACUCAGUUCAAGAAAAGGAUCAGUUUCAGGGUUCAGGCUGAUGUGUCUUGCUGGUUAGAAGUAGGCUCCAAGGAGAAGUCCCCCCAGAACCAAGGGCAGCGGACACAACAGAAAGUGGGAGCCGAACCUGAUCGCUAGAGAAUGUGGACCGCCUAUAAGAUCUUGAUCCUUUCAUAUCUUACCACAGAAAUUUGGAUGGAGAAGCAGUAUUUAUCUCAAAGACAAGUGAACCCAGGAGCUUAUUUGACUAGGAACCACACCAUUUUGGAAGGUACUCGAUUCAAAAGAGCCAUUUUCAAAGGGCAAUACUGUAGCCUUUUUGGUUGUUGUAAAGACAGAGAUGAUGGUUGUGUCACUCAGUUCUAUGAGGUUGAUGCUCUGUGUUACUGUGAUACAUUCUGUGAACGGGAAAAUUCUGAUUGCUGCCCUGAUUACAACUCCUUUUGUCGAGAAGAGGAAGAAUGGUCUCCUCACACACAGUCUUGGUAUCCAGAAGGUUGCCUAAGAGAUGGCCAACAUUAUGAAGAAGGAUCAGUAAUUAAAGAAAACUGCAAUUCCUGUACAUGUUCAGGACAGCAAUGGAAAUGUUCCCAUCAUGUGUGUCUUGUUCAACCAGAAGUAAUUGACUAUAUCAAUAAAGGAGACUAUGGAUGGACAGCGCAGAACUACAGCCAAUUCUGGGGAAUGACUUUAGAAGAAGGGUUCAAAUUUCGCCUUGGCACCUUGCCACCUAGCUCCAUGCUUCUGAGCAUGAAUGAAAUGACAGCUUCUUUGACAGCAACAACUGAUCUUCCAGAAUUUUUUACUGCUUCUUAUAAGUGGCCUGGAUGGACUCAUGGCCCACUGGAUCAAAAAAACUGUGCUGCAUCCUGGGCAUUUUCCACUGCAAGUGUGGCAGCUGACCGAAUAGCAAUUCAGUCCAACGGUCGAUACACAGCCAACUUAUCCCCCCAAAAUUUGAUCUCUUGCUGUGCCAAGAACCGUCAUGGAUGCAACAGUGGAAGCAUUGAUAGGGCUUGGUGGUUCCUGAGAAAACGUGGACUGGUAUCCCAUGCAUGCUAUCCACUUUUCAAGGACCAAAAUGCCAGCAAUAAUAACUGUGCCAUGGCAAGUAGAUCUGAUGGGCGGGGAAAACGGCAUGCCAUAAAGCCAUGUCCUAACAACAUCGAGAAAUCUAACAGGAUCUACCAAUGUUCUCCUCCAUACAGAGUCUCUUCUAAUGAAAGUGAGAUAAUGAAAGAAAUCAUGCAAAAUGGACCAGUUCAAGCCAUAAUGCAAGUCCAUGAGGAUUUCUUCCAUUAUAAGAGAGGGAUAUAUAGACACAUUACCAGCACAAAUGAAGAAUCAGGAAAAUAUCGAAGGCUUCGGACACAUGCAGUCAAACUCACUGGAUGGGGCACACUGAAAGGAGCACAGGGACGAAAAGAAAAAUUUUGGAUUGCUGCCAAUUCCUGGGGAAAGUCAUGGGGAGAGAAUGGCUAUUUCCGGAUUCUUCGAGGAGUAAAUGAAUCUGACAUUGAAAAGUUGAUUAUCGCAGCUUGGGGCCAACUGACAAGUUCAGAUGAACCAUAAUAUAUCAUUAAAUUUCCAUAAAGCCAGGCAUUUGAGUAACCCCUUAAAUUGAAACUUAGUAAUGUGAACUCCCCAUCCCUAGUGAAAUCUUAGUCUUUUACCUUGUCACUAUAAUGUACCUGUUUUCUUCUUUUGCCCCAGGCUACAUGUGACUGCUUCUUUUAUAUUGAUGAG